AUGAGCGAGGUGGGUGAGCGUGCUAUCGCCCAGUUCAUGGUGGAGCUUAUGUUGGAUGGGUCGAAGGUGGAGAGUGAGGAUGAGAACGCGGGAGAUGAUGCGGAUAGGACGAAGAAGGUCAAGGUGGUGAUGAAGGACAUUGACAGCGCUGCGGGUGGUGAUCUGUUGCAGGGUCUGGCCACAGUACAAAUACAGCCAGUGGGGCAGGUCCAAUCAAGCAUCGUGGAGGAGGUUGAAUCCACGAAGAAGAAGAAAAAGAAGCAUGGCAAGAAACAACACAAAGGCAGGUACAAAGCUGAAGGGUUUGUGUGGGAGGAGCAGUUCAAGUGCAAGUGA